AUGCUGAUGAUCGAGCCUUCCGCUACCGCUGCCGUCCGUUUCUCCGCCGCAAACUUCGAUUCCUCCACCCGCCUCUACACUAAUUCUGCCACCUUCUCCCUCUCCCGGAGUUUGAGCGAUAAUUCAGGUGGAAGAAGGGUAAAAUGUGGUAAUUGUAUAAGAGCAACUGCAAAGGAACAUUCCAGCUCGGGUUCGGGGUUCGAGAAGCAGAAUGGGAAUUCACAGAAGUAUCAUCCGUUUGAGGAAAUUGCGGAGUCGGAGUUAUUAGAGAAUGAGGAAGCCACUCUAUCGCCUGCUGAAACUACUAGAACCAUUAUUGAGGUAAAUAGCAAAGCAAUGAUGAUGUUUUCAGGUUUCGUGAGUGAUGAAAUUCAUGAAAACGUAUUCUGGUCAGAUUUACCUUAUGUAACUGAUGAACAUGGAAAUAUAUACUUUCAAGUGAAGAAUGAUGAAGAUAUUUUGCAAACUUUAUCUACCGAGGAAAACAUUGUGCAAGUUAUUAUUGGACUGGAUACUGCUGAGAUGAUUAGUGAGGUUGAGUUGCUAGGUCAUUCAGAAAUUGAUUUUGGCAUUGAUGAGUUAGAUGAUGAAGAUAGUGAUUUCCGUGAUGAAGAGGAUGAUGACACUGAAAACGAUAACUAUGGAAAGGACUGGGUCGGUGUUCUUGAUGAAGAAGAAGAUCUAGAUGAGGACUCCGAUGGAUCCAUAGGGGACUGGGCUAAAUUGGAGACUAUGCGAUCUUCUCAUCCAAUGGAUUUUGCCAAAAAGCUAGUUGAGGUUGUGUCUGAUAAUCCAGUCAAAUAUAUGGAGCAGCCUUCUUCUGGUCUUGCUAUACAAGGCCUCCUAAGACCUAUGUUUAUUGAAGAGCACUCUGUCAUCCAGAAGCAUAAAUCUAGUGGUGUUGAUACUAAUUACAUUUCCGAAGAACAAAUUCAAGAAGCCAUUAUUCAGAUCAACGGUCACAAACCCGAAAAUGAGACUAUGCAAGGUAGCCCAAGUUUGGCAGAGGAAUCGGAGAAGGAUGAAAUGCUCGGAAAUGGAACUUUAUUUUACAAGCUGGAGAUGAUUAAAAUUCAGUUAGUUUCAUCACAUGGACAUCCGAAUUUUGUUGAUAUAGAAGAUUUUAUGAAAGCUCAACCUGACGCAAUAGUCCAUUCAGCUGCAAAAAUUAUAUCUCGUGUCAAAUCUGGUGGAGAAAAGACCAUACAAGCUCUCAAAUCUCUGUGCUGGAGAUGCAAGGGUAUUCAUGUGGAGGAGGUGGUUCUUGUAAGUGUAGACAGCCUAGGUUUUGACUUAAGAAUUUGCUCUGGAACACAAGUACAAACAUUGCGUUUUGCAUUUAAGAAGAGGGCCUCUUCGGAGUAUAGCGCUGAAAGACAGUUGAAUGAUCUACUAUCCCACUGCAGCAGAUGCCUGCUUCUUAGGCACAGGCCGGCCGGGAAACAUGGACCAAGGCCAGCGAUUGGUGCCCCCACAGCAGAUGCCCCAAGAGCUGUUGGUGAAGGGCGACUCUGGAGGGCGAAGGGGAGGCUCACAGCAGCGGCAGCGUCGCGACUGCCACUGCGACGCCGGCAGUCGCGACGCCGCUGUGGAGGAGUUUGGUUGCUAGACGGGAGGGAGGGGGUGGAGAUGAGGGCGAAGGGGAGGCUCACAGCAGCGGCAGUGUCGCGACUGCCAUUGCGACGCCGGCAGUCGCGACGCCGCUGUGGAGGAGUUUGGUUGCUAGACGGGAGGGAGGGGGUGGAGAUGAGGUCGAAGGGGAGGCUCACAGCAGCUGCGGCCUGCCGCAUCUUCCGCCAGAGCCCUAAUAUUCUUCUGCAUUCUCCGCCGCCGGGCGACCGACAGAUCGAUCAUACAAAAGCCAUGAUUAUCCCAGAGAAGAACCGGAGAGAGAUCUCAAAAUACCUCUUCCAAGAGGGUGUAUGCUAUGCGAAGAAGGAUUUCAACCUCGCCAAGCACCCGGAAAUCGAUGUACCUAACUUGCAGGUGAUUAAGCUGAUGCAGAGCUUUAAGUCUAAGGAAUACGUGCGGGAGACUUUUGCCUGGAUGCAUUACUAUUGCCCCUCGGUCGACCCAUGGGAGGCCCACCAGGCGACCGCCCACGUGGACCACCCAGAUUCGAGGGUGACAGGCCAAGGUUUGGAGAUAGGGAUGGGUACAGGGGUGGGCCAAGAGGACCACCUGGUGAAUUUGGUGGUGAGAAGAGUGGAGCUCCGGCUGACUACCAGCCUGCUUUCAGGGGUUCCGGCGGAAGACCUGGAUUUGGACGAGGAUCUGGCAGCUUUGGUGGAGCACCCCCAAGUUAGAACUUGUCCUAGGAAUGUGAAGGACUGGAAGUUAAGAACAGUUCCUUUUUGGUUGAUGAUGUAUUUGAAUCAUCGUGCAUCAAGUGUAGUGAUUCAGCAAAUGGAGUUAGAGAUGUAG